AACCCCUUUUCAGCUCCACAAACCCUAGAAACUCAGAUCUGGGGUUUCAAUGGAUGAAUCCCAAAAACCCCCAGUCCCAGGAGGCCCUUCUCUGAUAAAGCUCUUAGCAUCCUGCAACACCACCAUUAGACAAAGAUCCCUCAAGCUCAUCACGUCCACUUGGCUUCCUUCCCAACCCCAACUCUCCGAUCACGACAUGAAGAAGCUAUGGAAAGGUCUUUUCUACUGUAUGUGGCACGCCGACAAAGCUCAAUCACAGUCCGAACUUGUCACCCGUCUCUCUUCUCUGAUUCUGAACCUGGAUCUUCGUCUCUCUCUGCAUUACUUCUCCACUUUCUUGUUAACCAUGCGCCGUGAAUGGCCCGGCAUCGACCACCUCAGGUUAGACAAGUUCUACCUCUUGAUUCGUAGUUUUGUGCGGUCUAUUUUUGGUUUGUUUAAAAAGAACAACUGGGAUUUAGAGCUUUUGAGAGCUGUAAUGAGUAUUUUGAAAGAUAAGGCUUUUUUGGCGGACGAUAAGGUGAUGGGAAAUGGGGUUAAUUAUCAUAUAGUAUCUGUUUUUCUGGACGAAUUUAGGCCCUUCUUGCCUGUUAAGCUCGAAAUGGUUGAGAUUUUGUUGGAACCUUUUUUUGCUGUGAUGGGUAAGUCUCAGGAUAAGAUUUUUGUCGGUAAGGUUAAGAGUAAUGUGUUUGAUGUGUUAUUGAAAACGGGGAGGAGUUUGUUGGGGAGGAAGAAGUCGGGGUUGGAUGGCGAUGAUGAGGUUAAGGAUGAAGUGCUUGGGAUGAUAUCAUUGAAAUUGGGGGUUUCGGGGAAAUUUUACGAACUGGGUUCGAGUGAGGAUUGUUUGCAGGGGAAUAGGAAGGUUGUAUUUGUUUUGCAUGAGGAGUUUUUGAGGUUGGAGAAGGAUUUAGAGUCUUCUGGAAUUGAAAUUCUGAUUCCUGAGGUUAAAAUUGAUGAUGAUGAUGAGGUGCCGAAGUUGAUUCCUAUUGUUAGUAAUGGGACUGAAAGGGAAGGUGCUUCUGAGGUUAUAAUGGAAGGAUGUGAAGUUGACCUAGAAGGUGUGAGUGCAACUAAUAGUAAGAAGAAGAAGAAGAAGGAGAAGAAGGGCAAUAAGGGUUUGAUUGGGGGUAAGAAAAAGGCUACAAAGAAAAAGAAUGGGCUUUCCGAAAAUUGCUUAACCAUUGAGGAAAGUGAGAAUAUGGUUACUGCAGAUGGUGAUAGUCCAAGCACCGGACCAGAUAAUGAUGGUAAUUUGAUAACUUUUAAUGAAUCCGUGAUUUCAAAUCUUCAGAUGCAGUUCGAAAAAGUAGCUGCUGAAGUUGGCAUGGACACGGAUGAGAUAAGUUCAUUCGAUUCCACUGUAGUUACCAUGAAAUGUACUGCCUUGAAGAAGAGAAAGAGAGCUAAGAGUAAGGAUAGGAAGGGCUCUUCCAACCCUGACCUGACUAGUCAAGCUGAUACUGGAGGGGAUUCUGCUUUAAAGAGUGUAGACAAGAGUGCAAAGAAGGUUAGGUUUUCCAUGAAGAAUAACUUGGUGUGGAAGCCACACAGCCCAAUGCCUCCCCAAAGUUUGAGAUUACCACCCUCUGUUACUCCUAGAGGUAGUGCUCUCAAGAAAGGGAUACCUCCAGGUCCCAUUAGGGAGAUGCCUCCUGCAAAGAAAAAGGUGAAGCAGAAAAAGAAGGUCCGAAAGGUAAUGAAGACAGUUUCGCCUGCCAUCAAACGACUGCGGAAACUACAUGCUCUUUCUGUCUAA